CUCUCUCCCGCGAGUCACUCUGCGCCUCUCUCUCCUCCGUCGUCGUCGUCCUUCUUUUUCGGUUUCUUCCGCCAAUCACCGCAUCGCUUUCUUCUUUUCUCCUAUUAAUACCCUCCGAAGUAGAGCAAGCAAGAAGCUCUUCCUUCAGGAGGAACGUCUCUCCCUCUCUCCACUUCUCACACCCCCGCCCCCGACUCAGCGAAUCGACAUUCUUGGCGUGUCAAGGAAACCUUUCUUUUAUUUGCGAAGGAACAUGAGCAAUACUGUUGGACACACCUUACCCCAGCAAGCUCUUUACCGGCCUUCUAUCAAAGAAAAUCAAAGUAAAGCUCAUCAAGGAGUUUCUGCAAACUUCUUGUGUGGAGUUCCAUUAGGAUCUAAGGUGGAAAAUGCAGUGUCAUACAGCUCUAGGUCACUGCUUUCAACCGGAUCCCUGGGAAAGAAACUCAUCAAAGGAAUCCCACCAAAGCAAAAUCGAAGCAUAGUCACUAUGACCCCUCGUGCUGUGUUGGCUGCAGAUCCUGCUUCAGAGCUAAGGAGAAAAUUCAAGCUCGACACAUAUUCUGAAUUGGAGGUUGUUGUUCAUGUCCCUACUUCGGGGUCUCCUGUACAGAUUGAAUUUCAAGUAACUAAUAGCAGUGGCUACUUGGUGCUUCAUUGGGGUGCAAUUCAUAAUAGAAGGAAUAACUGGUCACUUCCUUCUCGUCAUCCUGAUGGAACAAAAGUAUACAAAAACCGAGCUCUCAGGACACCUUUUAAAAAAUCUGGUUCCACAUCAUCAGUAAAAAUGGAGAUUGAUGAUCCUGAAAUACAAGCAGUUGAGUUUCUCAUAUUUGACGAGUCAGAAAACAAAUGGUUUAAACAUAAUGGUCAGAAUUUCCAUGUCCAGUUAUUAAAACAGGGCUAUCAAAAUCAAAAUGUUUUGGCCUCUGUAAAUCCAAAUGUUUCACUGCCAGAAGAACUUGUGCAGAUUCAAGCUUAUCUUAGGUGGGAGAGAAAGGGUAGGCAGACAUAUACACCUGAUCAAGAAAAGGAUGAGUAUGAAGCAGCUAGAACUGAGUUGCUAGAAGAACUAAGUAGAGGUGCUUCUGUAGAGGAGCUCCGAUCUAAAUUGACAAAAAACACCACUGCUGGAGCGGACAAAUCCGUCAAAGUUGAAACUAUCAAAAGUGGGAUUCCGGAUGAUCUUGUGCAAGUACAGGCAUACAUCCGAUGGGAAAAAGCUGGGAAACCAUAUUAUCCUCCGGAGAAGCAGCUUAUGGAGUUUGAGGAAGCAAGGAAAGAGCUGCAGCAUGAGUUAGAUAAAGGAACCUCUCUUGCAGAGCUAAGGGAAAAGAUCAACCAAGGGAACAUACAAACAAAAGUUUCCGAGCAACUAAAGACUAAAAAGUACUUCAGCAUUGAAAGAAUUCAGCGGAAAAGAAGGGACAUCAUGAAUAUUUUAAAUAAAACUGUUGUAGAAAUUGCAGAAGAAAAAGUUUCCCACUUACAAAAAGCUCCAACAGCACUAGAACACUGGUCUAAGACUAUAAGUGAGAAUGAUGGUGGUUCAAUUUUGAACAAGAAAAAAUAUAAGCUGGAGGAUAAGGAGCUGCAGGUACUUGUAACCAAACCUCUUGUUAGGACAAAAGUUUUUAUGGCUACAGAUCAGAGAGGGCCACUUAUUCUUCACUGGGCAUUAUCAAGGAAGUCAGGAGAGUGGAUGGUGCCCCCUUCAAGUGCAAUGCCCUCAGGUUCAGUAUUGCUGGACAAGUCAUGCGAGACCCCUUUUACUGAGGCAUCACUGGGAGACAUGUUUUACCAGGUUAUUGAGAUAGAGAUUGACAGUGAUGAUUACGCUGGAAUGCCCUUUGUCCUUCGUUCUGAUGAAAAAUGGAUGAAGAAUAAUGGCUUGGACUUUUACAUUGAGUUGGAUACAGAAAUUACCAAGAGUAAAAGGGAUGCUGGUGAUGGAAAAGGCACUGCUAAAUCAUUGCUUGACAGGAUUGCAGAACUGGAGGAUGAAGCCCAAAGAUCUCUUAUGCACAGGUUUAAUAUUGCAGCAGAUCUCGUUGAACAAGCCAGAGACGCUGGGCAGCUAGGUCUUGUUGGUCUUCUCAUUUGGAUGAGAUUUAUGGCCAUGAGACAACUCAUUUGGAAUAAGAACUACAAUGUCAAGCCACGUGAGAUUAGUAGAGCUCAGGAUAGGCUUACAGACCUUCUUCAGAAUGUGUACAAAGACUUCCCACAACAUAGAGAGAUAUUGAGGAUGAUCAUGUCCUCGGUUGGCCGUGGAGGAGAAGGUGAUGUUGGGCAACGUAUACGUGAUGAAAUCUUGGUAAUCCAGAGAAAUAAUGACUGCAAGGGGGGACUGAUGGAGGAAUGGCAUCAGAAGCUCCAUAAUAACACGAGCCCAGAUGAUGUCGUAAUCUGUCAGGCACUUAUUGAUUAUAUUAAAAGUGAUUUUGAUAUCAGCGUAUACUGGGAAACUUUGAAUAGAAAUGGUAUUACCAAAGAACGUUUACUAAGCUACGAUCGGGCUAUUCAUUCUGAACCAAAUUUCAGGAGGGAUCAAAAGGAAGGUCUUUUACGUGACCUAGGAAAUUACAUGAGGACUUUGAAGGCAGUUCACUCUGGUGCUGAUCUCGAGUCUGCCAUUGCAACUUGUAUGGGAUACAAGUCUGAGGGUCAAGGCUUUAUGGUUGGGGUUCAGAUAAACCCUAUAAGGGCUGUCUUUGAACAGGACCUAAUGGAAUUUAUACUAGAACAUGUUGAAGACAAAAUGGUGGAGCCUUUGCUUGAGGCCUUGCUGGAAGCACGAGUGGAACUUAGGCCAUUGCUUCUCAAUUCCCAUGAACGUCUGAAGGAUCUCAUCUUUUUGGAUAUUGCCCUUGAUUCUACUGUAAGGACAGCAGUUGAGAGGGCAUACGAGGAGUUGAAUAAUGCUGAAUCGGAGAAAAUAAUGUACCUCAUCACCUUGGUUCUUGAAAAUCUUGCAUUGUCUACAGAUGAUAAUGAGGAUCUCAUAUAUUGCUUAAAGGGGUGGAACCAUGCACUGGAGAUGUCUAAGCAAAAAGAUGAUCAAUGGGCACUAUUUGCGAAAUCAUGUCUUGAUAGAACCCGACUUGCACUAUCAAGCAAGGCAGAAUAUUACCAUCAAAUUUUACAACCUUCAGCUGAAUACCUUGGAUCAUUGCUUGGUGUUGAACCGUGGGCAGCAAGCAUAUUCACUGAAGAAAUUAUUCGUGCUGGAUCGGCUGCUUCUUUAUCAGCACUUCUUAAUCGACUUGACCCUGUCCUUCGGAAAGUGGCACAUCUAGGAAGUUGGCAGGUCAUAAGCCCUGUUGAAGUUACUGGAUAUGUUGAUGUCGUAGAUGAAUUGCUUGCUGUUCAGAAUAAAUCUUACACACGGCCAACAAUUUUGGUUGCAAAAAGUGUAAAGGGAGAGGAGGAAAUACCAGAUGGCACAGUGGCCGUGUUAACACCUGAUAUGCCAGAUGUUCUAUCUCAUGUCUCUGUGCGAGCUAGAAAUAGCAAGGUCUGCUUUGCUACAUGCUUUGAUGCCAAUAUCCUGGCUGAAUUUCAGAGAAAUGAAGGGAAACUGUUUCGGCUACAGCCCACAUCUGCUGAUAUAGUGUAUAGUGAGAUAGACAAGAGUGAACUUGAUGAUAUCAGUUCAGCUAAAGAUGGACAUGAUCAAUCAUCACCAUCUGUGACUUUGGUCAGGAAGCAUUUUAGUGGUAGAUAUGCUAUAUCAGCUGACGAAUUCACCAGUGAAACGGUUGGUGCCAAGUCACGAAAUAUCUCAUUUCUAAAGGGAAAAGUACCUUCUUGGGUGGGGGUCCCUACAUCAGUUGCUCUACCAUUUGGAGUCUUUGAGAAAGUUCUUUCAGAUGACAUAAACCAGGAAGUAGCUAGCAAGUUGCAGAUGCUGAAAGAAAAGUUAGUGUUAGGAGAAUUUGGUGCACUUGUUGAGAUACGAGAGAUAAUUUUGCAGCUAGCAGCUCCACGAGUACUGGUACAAGAACUGAAGGAGAAAAUGGAGGGAUCAGGAAUGCCAUGGCCUGGUGAUGAAGGUGAAAAUCGAUGGGAACAAGCUUGGUUGGCAAUAAAGAGGGUAUGGGCUUCAAAGUGGAAUGAGAGGGCAUAUUUCAGCACACGGAAAGUAAAGCUAGAUCAUGAUUACCUAUGUAUGGCAGUGUUGGUUCAAGAAAUCAUAAGUGCCGAUUAUGCAUUUGUCAUUCAUACUACAAACCCAUCCUCUGGAGACUCAUCAGAAAUAUAUGCAGAGGUGGUGAAAGGACUUGGAGAAACUCUUGUUGGAGCCUAUCCAGGACGUGCUUUGAGUUUUAUUUGUAAGAAAAAUGAUCUCGAUACUCCAAAGGUACUUGGUUACCCAAGCAAGCCAAUUGGCCUCUUCAUAAGAAGAUCCAUUAUUUUUAGAUCUGAUUCUAAUGGUGAAGAUCUAGAAGGCUAUGCUGGAGCUGGUCUGUAUGACAGUGUGCCCAUGGAUGAGGAAGAGAAAGUGGUGCUCGACUAUGUAUCUGACCCAUUGAUCAUGGACAAAAACUUCUGCAGUUCAAUCCUCUCCAGCAUUGCACAGGCAGGACAUGCUAUCGAGGAGCUCUACGGCUCCCCGCAGGACAUUGAAGGUGUUGUCAAGGACGGGAAGAUUUAUGUUGUCCAAACAAGACCGCAAAUGUGACUUAUAAAACCACCACAAAUGGACAUUGAAGGUAUUGUCAAGGAUGGGAAGAUUUUGUUUGGCCAAACAAGACCACAGAUAUUAUUUAUAGAACCACAAAUAUGAGAGGAUGGAGGUCUAUACUCCAUAUUCUUUCAAACAAAUUAUACGACCAGUGCAUUUAGAUGUUCUUUUGUAACAGGACGAAGAUAUCGAGUCCUUUUAGUAUUAUUUAUGAUCGGACCAAUAAAUUGUGGUGCACCCUUGGGGAUUGAAUACCCGAGACCUACAAAAAUGCCUUCUGGAUAGUCAACCGUGUAGAUUGUGAUGGCUUGCAUACACGAUAGACUGCAUUGUAAAGACAUUUUAAAUAACAAUAAAGAUAGUAUGUUUUUAAGUUA